AAUUAUAACUUUCCGUUCCGUUUUGUACAGAUUCAAGAGUUGGGGCUCCAGCAGCAAUACAGCAACGACCAAGGCACCUACCUUUAUCUCCGGAAAUUCAUGGCGCUACCAUUCCUUCCAGAAGAUCAAAUCCCACCUAUGUUUGAGCAGCUAAGUCUGAAAGCCACCACCACCCCACUGAAACAGUUCGUAAACUACGUCGCCGAAACGUGGAUCCGCAGCAGCAUCUGGCCUCCAUCAAGCUGGAGCGUCUUCAUGAUGGCCACCAGGAGCAACAAUGACAUCGAAGGCUGGCAUAACGGCCUACACAGGCGUGCUUCAGGUAGAUGGAAUAUGCCAUUCUACCUCCUCAUCGACCUUCUGCACCAAGAGGCCCGGCUGACAGCCCUGAAAAUCCGUUUAGUCUCGGAAAAAAAACUGACCAGGAUUCAGCGCAAGAAAUACAGGUCAGUCCAAGCCCAAGUAUUUAAUCUUUGGGAUGAUUACAGUAGCCAAAGAAAAAAUGCGGAACAGCUUCGUCAAUGUGCCCAUCUCAAUGGACCUAAACGCUCUAGAUAA